UAGAGUGUCAGCGGACGGAGAGAGACGUAGGCAGCUCCCUUUCGCCUUAUUUCGGCAGUAAACAUAACAUUCCUCAUCAUGGCGGCCACGGAUGUAGAUAUUUUUUCUAAUGAAGAAAAGCGUAACCUCAGCCUUGGCGGUCAUGUUGGCUUUGACAGUCUGCCUGAUCAGCUGGUCAGUAAAUCGGUGACUCAGGGUUUCUGCUUUAACAUCCUCUGCGUGGGUGAGACGGGCAUUGGCAAAUCUACGCUAAUGAACACACUUUUUAACACAAUGUUUGAAAAUGAGGAAGCCAGCCAUUACCAAAACGCCGUCUACCUGCGACCGAGAACGUACGACUUGCAAGAGAGCAACGUCCACCUCAAACUGACUAUCGUUGACACGGUGGGUUUUGGGGACCAGAUCAACAAAGAGGAAAGCUAUAAACCCAUCGUGGACUACAUUGAUACACAGUUUGAAAACUACCUACAGGAAGAACUGAAAAUCAAGCGCUCUCUCUUUAACUACCAUGACACCAGAAUCCACAUCUGCCUCUACUUCAUUGCUCCCACAGGACACUCGCUCAAGUCCCUGGAUUUAGUUACAAUGAAAAAGUUGGACAGCAAGGUGAACAUCAUCCCUAUUAUCGCUAAAGCUGACACAAUUUCCAAGAGCGAGCUACACAAGUUCAAAAUCAAAAUCAUGAGUGAGCUGGUUAGUAACGGUGUUCAGAUCUACCAGUUUCCCACAGAUGAUGAAGCCGUAACAGAGAUCAACUCCUCCAUGAAUGCUCAUCUUCCAUUUGCUGUGGUGGGCAGUGUAGAGGAGGUGAAGGUGGGGAAUAAGACCGUGAGGGCCAGGCAGUACCCAUGGGGAGUAGUUCAAGUGGAGAAUGAGAGUCACUGUGACUUCGUAAAGCUGCGGGAGAUGCUGAUCAGAGUGAACAUGGAGGAUCUGAGAGAGCAGACUCACGCUAGACACUACGAACUCUACAGGCGCUGUAAACUAGAGGAGAUGGGCUUUAAGGACACUGACCCAGACAGCCAGCCUUUCAGUCUUCAGGAGACAUAUGAAGCCAAAAGGAAGGAGUUUCUGGGAGACCUGCAGCAGAAGGAAGAGGAGAUGAGGCAUAUGUUUGUGAAUAAAGUGAAGGAGACUGAGGCCGAGCUGAAGGAGAAGGAGAGAGAGUUACACGACAAGUUUGAGCAGCUGAAGCGCAUGCACCAGGAGGAGAAGAGGAAGGUGGAGGAGAAGAGACGAGACUUAGAGGAGGAGAUGAAUGCCUUCAACAGGAGGAAGGUGGCGGUUGAGACCCUCUCUCUCUCACAGCCCCUGAAGAAGGACAAGGACAAGAAAAAUUAAUUUAAGAGCACAUCGCAGGCCGACCACAGUCUUGUCCUCCACCAUCGUUGCAACAUCAGCAUUUGUUUUUGACAUUUUCCUCAUGACAUUGUGUUAAAGUACCAAAGAUCAUGAUGGGAAGCCACAGAAGUGUAUGGUGGCUGAAUUGCUUCAAUUGUUGCCACAGUUUCUUUGUUUUCCUUUGCUAGGUUCAUUCAGGUUAUAUAUUUUUUUUUAACUAUUUUUAAAAUGUCCUCCCCCUUAACCCCAUUUUAUUUUUUGUGACCUAUUUCUCUUUUUUUUUUUAAUUUUUUAAAUUAAAAAAAUUGUCCAAAUUGACAGAAAUUCCAUGUCCAAAUUGACAGAAAUUCACCUUUUGGUCACUGUUGUUUUUGGUACUAGCCAUUUGUUCAUUUGUCUUAAUAAUAUUCAGGUCAUUAUUGUGACAUUCAUAUAUAGUACAACCCCAAUUUUGAAAGAAAUUCUAAUAAAAACUAAAAGGAGUGAUUAGUAAAUUAUGUUCACCCUUUGCUAUAUUGAAAGCACUAUAACUAAACAUUAUAUGAUGUUUCACCCUGUGAAUUUCAUAGUUUUUUUUAAUGUACAGUCAUUUCAAAUCAGAUGAUUGCAACAUACUCCAAAAAAGUUGAGACCGGGCCACUUAAGAAUUUAAAAUAACAAAGCGAUGUGAAACAGGAGAUGUUAAACUGGUUGAGGCGAUCGUGUCAUAGUAUAUAAGGAGGCUCCAAAAUCAGCCUAGUCCUUCAAGAUCAAGGAUCAUUUGAGACUUGUCAAUUCGUCAACUGAUGUUUCAGCAAAUAAUCCAGCACUUUGAGAACAAUGAUACCCAAAGACAAAGUGGAAGAUUUUGGGCAUUUCACCCUCUACAGUGCACAAUAUAGUUAAAAGAUUCAAGGAAUCUGGUCAGAUCUUGUUGCGUAAAGGGCAAGAAAAACAAUUUCUGAAUGUGUGUGAUCUCUGAUCCCUCAGACGUCACUGUCUUAAAAAAACAUCUUUCAUCUGUAAUGGAUAUCCAUUAAUAUCAUAAUAUCAUUAUGUUAAACACUCGAUUGCCCCAACUUUUUUGGAGUAUGUUGCAAUCAUCUGAUUUGAAAUGACUGUACAUUUAAAAAAAACAAAAAAAUUUAUAAAGUGAAACAUCAUAUAAUGUUUAGUUAUAGUGCUUUCAAUAUAGCAAAGGGUGAACAUGAUUUACUAAUCACUCCUUUUUCAGAACUGGGGUUGUAGUUCAUGUUUCUCUUGCCAUAAUGUAUAAUAGUAUUUAAGAUCUGAGCCAAACUCAAUAGCACAGUGAAAAUAGUAAUGUGCCCAUGUGUAUGAUUUUAUGAAUAUAAGCGUGCAUGUGUAUGGCUAAAUAAACCAUUUUUUAAAGUUCUUGCUGUUUUAAAAUGUAAUCCAGGACCUACAGUGUGUGUGAAUAUUUGAAUAGCUUUUUUGACUUUAUUGUAAUGACAACAGAUAUGCAAAUUAUAUUUUUUGUAUUACUUGUAGAGCACACAAGGCUUUAUGGUGUUCAAGCAGAUUAUAUUGUGUAUCAUUUAAGCCAUAAUAUUGAGGCUGGAACAUCUGAGGCUGUCUGAUCUAAAGUAACUUCUGGGACAUCUUCAUUUGCAUAAAGGGCAAUGACAGCAAUUUGAUUAAGUUGUAAGAGCAGUUGAAAUACCUGAUAUUGAAAAUAAACAAAUC